AAAUUUUUCACUUUCAGUGAGUCCUUCAACGUUAACUGAAAGUGGAACUUCUAAGUUAACGAAAUCUAAAUAAUUACAAAUUCUGUAUCGUUUAAUUUUGCAACAUAUUUCAACUUAUAAAAUAAGCAAAAAUUGCAGCGGGGUAAAAUACCAAAAGGAUGGGUGAUUUAGAUCCACCAAGGAAUAUUAUUCAGUCUUUUGCAAAUGCUGUUUUCUAUUUUGUUGAUGCACCAGUAACUUGGUUUAGAGAAACGAUUGUGACACCAAAUCAAAAGAAACAUUAUUAUUAUCAUCGGAAGUUUCAGGAAGUUCCAGGAGUUGAUGAGUGUGAAGUAGGAGAUGUAGUCUGUCUGUUUGAAGCAAAUGAGCAGUUCAAAAGAAACAAACAAGUGGACAAUGAAAUACUGAAUAUUCUGAAACAGAGAAGGGAUGACUGUUUGCUUUACGAAAACCCAGACCACCAGGUUCGGUGUAAGAAGGUUUUGGAUGAUUAUGCAAAAGCUGCAGAGAACUGGUUUAUAAAAUACGGUGACUUGGGAAUUUAUGGUACUGCUAAAGAUGCCUACAUGAAACAGAAACAUAGGUUGGUCUGGGAACGUCGGCAAGCUGCAAAACUUGAAGAGAAUGAAAACAAAAUCUGAAGUAGAUUAACAUCAUAAUUUUUGUUUUGUUUUUCAGAUGUGACAUUUAUGUAGUAAUCCUAGUGUAGUGCAUACAUUGGAAGGCAGUAACUGUUAAACUAUUUUUUAGGUUAUUUGGAAAUAAAUAUAUUACACUGAAAAAGUCAAA